UAACAAUUGUCAGGUCCUGUCCUAGUCAAGAACAGACGAACAGAAAACCAAACCAACUGUCAUUGGGUGCAGUUGAAAUUUUGUUUUUAUUUUCUAUUACAGUGGAGGAAGUUGCACUUAAUCUAAAAAAAUGGACGAAAAUCACUGCCGAGAAUUGUUAGCAAACCUUUAUCUAGAACAGAAUAGAAAAACAGCUUUAACCGAAAUAAAAAGUAACUUGAUUUCGGUGAAUAAUGCAGAAAUUUCUCACAGUUGUCUGAAAUCGCCAGAGCUUCUGAAUUGCUUGGAAGAUGCUAACAGCGAGCAAACCAUGUUGGCCUGUGAUAUCCUCUCCAUAUGUUUGAGUAAUUUAUCCAUCGAUGAACCCGCCGAGGUUAAGAACGUGAUCGAAAAAUCGUUGAGUCACGUUAAUCCAAAGGUGCAGAUUUUUGGUUUGAGAGAACUACGUCGCCUGUUGGGAUCUCAACCGGACUCGUUCGCCAAUGAAACUUUGAUUUUAUUGGUCAUUAAAUGUCUCGCCUCCGAAGAGACCAGUGUCGGAACGCCGUCGAUCGAUCUUCUCGUAUUGUUAUUGCCUCGUUUCGUUCAUUUGCGGGGAGUUCAGGAGAACCUGGAAACGUUGCUUCGCAAAAACGAAACUAUUCGAUGUAGAUUGUAUGAAGUAGCAGUAAAACUCGCUCGCCAAUCAAGUGAGCUACUGGAUUCAAUGGAAAAGCUACUGCAACAUGCGGUGAGAGAAUUGAAUGUGGACGAUGUUCUACUGCAGUUAAAUGUUCUGCAAGUUUUGUCUGAACUAGCCGUGAAUAAUCACGGAAUGGCAUACCUUGAAAAUAACGGUGUUUUUGAUAACUUGUUAAGGAAAAUUGACAAAUUAGACGAAGAUCCCAUGGCACCAAUCUUAAUACCGGGAUUGAUGAAAUUUUAUGGAAGUAUAGCUGCGAUUCAUCCGUCAAAAAUAUAUGAGGGUUAUCCGAAGAUUAUUACUCUGUUAUUCGAUAGUCUAGUUUCGGAAGACUUAUCCGUUUUACCAGUGGCAUACGAUACUCUGGGUCGCAUGGCUUGCUCGAAUGAGGGGAAACGACAAAUCCACUACAAGCAUGGAGCAUUGCUGAAAAAAACCUUAAAAUAUUUCAGUCGGAUUAUAAGGAACCUACCAAACGAUUUGAAAGAAAGGCUUUUGCACUGUCUACAGCUGCUUUUCACUAUCGAUAGCAUAGAUAACCAGAUUACAACUAUCACACAGGCUUGGUACAAUGAUAUGACUGAGGAGGAAAAUUUGAACCUUAUAAUGGAUUAUAUAAAAAAUCCAUUUCCGGACAUGAGAAGAGCUGCAUUAGGACUACUCAAUGCUAUCAUCGGGCAUCGUUGGGGACAGAUCUACAUGCUGAAUACCGGUGGUUUUAUGGAGUAUAUACUUGAUCGUAAGCAGGAGGCUGAUAAGGAUGUGAUAUUGGACAAAUACGAAAUAAUCCGCCAGCUUUCGUUGUCGACGGUUUUCGAUGCACAGACCACUUUUGAGCUUAAGAAAUAUGUUACUGAAGGUGCCUUCUACGUGCAAGGUAUUACCGAGGUUGCCGUAGAAGGAGCGUCCUAAAUUUUGUUUUGUUUUUCAUACAUUUAGCAUAAGUUGUACUCAUUUAAGUGGCAGUGAAAAUAAAAAUGUACUCGUACAGAAUAAUGAUUGAA